AUGAAGUCGUUCGCUACAAUUGCGCGAGUAUGCGCCAUCCUCUUCACUGCCUCGUCUGUUUCCCAGACCAUCCCAGAAAUCAACAGUGACCGAUUCAUCUCACCCUACAACGGUCGUAGUGUCGCGAAUGUCUCUGGUGUGGUCACAGCUCGUAACGCCGAUGGCUUCUGGGUUCGAUCAACCACGCCGGACAAUGACCGCUCAACAUCGGACUCGAUAUACGUGUUCAGUCGGAACUCUAGUGUGACUGUGGGCAAUGCUGUGUCGUUCAGUGGCCGCUACACGGAGUAUCGCUCGUCUAAUUACGUUCCCUUGAACGAGAUCACAAACCCGACUAACAUCCGGGUCAUCGGCAACUCGACUGCUGUGACACCAUUGGUGAUCGGGGCAGGAAAUUUGCUGCCGCCAACAGGGCAGUUCUCUGCUCUAGAUGACGGCGAUAUCUUUGGAUUACCCAACAAUCGCAGUCUUGUAACAGUAGCAAAUCCGACUCUCGAGCCGGCUGAAUAUGGCAUGGACUUCAUGGAAUCGCUGCUAGGCGAGCUUGUUACCAUCAAGUCGCCUGUCGCUGUGGCAAAGCCCAACAAUUUCGGCGACACGUGGGUGGUCGGAAGUUGGCCUAAGACAGGCUCGAACGAUCGCGGUGGCUUGACCAUGACCGAUGGUGAUGCCAAUCCUGAAGCCAUCCUGAUUGGUACACCUCUGGACGGAAGCAGUAAUCCGGACGGAACCAAGCUAGGUGACAGUCUGGAGGACAUCACUGGAGUCGUGUAUCAAGCAUUCGGGUUCUACCGAGUCUUGCCAACGACGGCCAUUCAGGUCAUUGGAUCUCAGGAACCAGCACUGCCAGAUCCCAUCGGCUAUAGCUCUACCGGCCGAUGCUCCGCCAUUACACUUGGCCAGUACAAUGUCGAAAACCUUUCACCGUCGUCAGCUCACCUGCCGGCCAUCGCCGCCCAUAUCGUGGAUUACCUCAAAACGCCAGACGUCGUGUUUCUGCAAGAAAUCCAAGACGACUCAGGCGAGACCAACAACGGCAUCGUUUCUGCCAAUGAGACUCUGACCACACUCUCUGCCGCUAUCAGCGCCCUGUCCCCAUCCACAAGCUACGCCUUCACGGAAAUUGUUCCUGUCAACAACGCCGACGGAGGUGCUCCAGGCGGGAACAUUCGCGUCGCGUACCUCUACAACCCCUCCAUCGUCGCUCUACAUAAGCCCAACCCAGGCUCAUCCACCGAGGCCUGCGCCUACAACGGCACACUGAACCUCAACCCCUGCCGCAUCGCACCUCUGGACCCAGCAUGGACUGCAAGCCGCAAACCCCUCGUCGCGCAGUGGGAUAUCCUCGACGGGAGCAACAGCACUUUCUACACGGUGAACGUGCAUUUCGCAUCCAAGGGUGGGUCAUCGUCCCUCCAUGGCGAUCCCCGUCCCCCCGUGAACGGUGGUGUGGAGAAUCGCCUGGCGCAGGCGAAUCUCACCGCCAGCUUCAUCGCAGAGAUCCUUGCCGAGGAUUCUGAAGCUAGCAUCAUCACGGCGGGUGACUUCAAUGAGUUUGCUUUCGUGGAGCCGCUCACGCAAUUUGUUGAGAUCUCAGGUUUGGACGAUAUCGAGGAUGUGCUUGGAGUUGAGGAGACGGAGAGGUAUAGUUACCUGUUUGAUAUGAACUGCCAGGAGCUGGAUCAUAUGUACAUCAGUCCGAAGGUUGCCAGAGGGAAGAAGGAACUUGCGUAUGAGCAUGUGCAUGUGAAUACAUGGGUUAGCAGGGACGACCAGAUUAGCGACCAUGACCCGGCAGUAGCGAGAUUGAACUUGUGUAGGCCAAAGGCAGGUCCGGGAGGACCAGUGAGACCACCGCCAGCUGGUGGUCCGGGAGGCCCUGUGAGACCGCCAGGCGGUGGUGCUGGUGGUCCAAUAAAGCCACCUGGUAGUCCGCCGAAACCAGGACCGGGUCCGGGACGGCCUGAUCGCCAAGAGACAGCACAACGGCUUUCUUACGCGGUUUCUGCGGAAUUCAUAGCAAUAACUCACUCUGCAACCCUCAUCGCGUUCGAUUAUUACCUCCCGAAUGUCCCAAAGCACUUGAACGCGUACGAUCGAGACCAGCUUCCCACCAACAUGAUUAACAACCUUCAACUCCACUACUUGUCGCGUCUCGAGUACGCCAACGAGCUCGCUCAGCAAGGAAAACUCCAGGAAUGCUUGAACAUUUGCUUCUACCUUCGAGGCAGACCUGAUGCCACGCUGUACACCAGGGCUGUGAUCAAUCUUACCCUUCCCAGAGUCUGCCCGAUCGAAGACCACGCCGAUAAGCUCAAAUAUCCGCACGAAGCCUUGAAGUUGGCCGAAGAGCUUCAAACUGCAGAGCGGACCGGAGAAGACGUCAUGUGGAAGCGUGACUUGAGAAGCGCGAAGAUGUCCACGGGUAUCGAAACCAUCGAGGAAGAAGUACAGAGCUGCCGCGAUGCUCAGAACAGUGGAUCGUCCGGCUGGCACAAGCAGGGAGUGGUUAAGAAGUCAGCAGCUGAGCGCGGUUGGUCGUUUGGCUGGCACAAGCAGGGAAUGGUCAAGAAGAAAGCAGUUGAGCGCGCUAAAGAUCGCAUGGACCGAGACAACGUACGAUGCAAGCUAGUGGCCGAGGGAGAGGGAGAGAUGUCUGAUAGCAGCGAAGGGUCGUUCGUGCUCUGA